AUGGCAAAAGACGCAGAGACAGUUCUCUUCCUGGGGGUCGUAGGUCUUGCCUAUGGUCAACCUCAGGCCGAAUGCCCUAAAGAUGGCCACCAUUAUCUGAUUCCUGACGAGUCUGACUGUUCUAAAUACUAUCCUUGCGUGAAUGGCAGGAAAUUUAACGAUGCAUUCCAGUGCCCUGAAAACACACUGUUCUCCUUCGAAAUACAGGCCUGCGCGCACGCCUCUCAAGUAAAAUGCCAAGUCGGUCCAAUCGCGAUCGAAGCAUUUAGUUGCUGCAACAGUAAAAGCGGUAAAUGCGUGUGCAGACCACCAGUAGAAGAGAGCGAAGAGAUUGAAGAAGAAAUUGAUGAGGGAGAAGUAGUAUGGCUUCCCAAUGGUUGUCCAGACCCCAGGAACAGGACGGUGGACAAACUGCUGCCCCAUCCAGACUGCUCGAAGUACUACCAGUGUGUGGAUGGCGAUCUGGUUGAGAGGCCUUGUGCUGAUGAUACCUAUUUCAGCUAUGAACAUCAGCGUUGUGAAUGGGCACAUAUAGCAAACUGCACACCUGGUGAGAUACCCCCUGGUGUACCGACACCAGCACCAUCCCCAGGAGACAAUGGUAACAACAACUGCAACGGUGGUCUCUGCCCUGAAGGGGAAAUCGAUUUAUUACCAAAUGGAUGCCCUAAGAACUACUCGUAUGAAAUGCUGUUACCCCAUCCCAAUUGUGAGAAAUACUACCAAUGCGUCCACGGUGAUAUUGUGGCGAGACCAUGUGCCAAAGGCACACACUUCAGUUUUGAAUUACAGCGUUGUGACUGGCCCGAGAUAGCAAAAUGCGUGCCCGGAGAGAUUCCAGAUGAAGAUUGCGACUGCGAAUGUGACAGCAGCGAAGAGACUGGCAGCGGUGGUGAUAGUGACGAUUGUCACUGUGAAAACACACCAGCACCUGGUGACAACAACACUCCCGCUCCCGGUGACAACAACACUCCCGCUCCCGGUGACAACAACACUCCCGCUCCCGGUGACAAUAACACUCCCGCUCCCGGUGACAACAACACUCCCGCUCCCGGUGACAACAACACUCCCGCUCCCGGUGACAAUAACACUCCUGCUCCUGGAGAUAACGGCAAUUGCAACGGAGGCGCCUGCCCACCCGGAGAAAUUGAACUAUUACCAAAUGGUUGUCCCAAGAACUACUCGUAUGAAAUGCUCUUACCUCAUCCAGACUGUGAAAAGUUCUACCAAUGCGUGCACGGUGAUAUCGUCGAGAUGCCCUGCGCUCCAGGCACUCACUUCAGUUUUGAACUACAGCGCUGCGAAUGGCCAGAAAUAGCAAAUUGCAAACCCGGAAACGGAAACGAAGAUGGUGACAAGCCUGGCGGUGGUGGUGGUGGUGAUGGUGAUGACAGUUGCGAGUGCGAAAACCCAGGUGGUGACUGUAAUCCCGGUGAAGAUGGUAGCUGUGAAUGCGACAAUGAACCCGAAGGCCCUGGUGACGGACCUGGUGAGGGACCCGGUGAAGGCCCUGGUGAAGGACCUGGUGACGGACCUGGUGAGGGACCUGGUGAUGGCCCCGGCGACUGCGACUGUGGACCCUCUGAACCAGUAGACAACGACAAAAAAUGCAAAGAAGACUGCCACGUGCCCUUCUGGAAACACGAAACGGACUGUGACAAGUUCUGGAGGUGUGAAGGCGAGAAAGCAGUCAUCGGUGUAUGCUCUGAAGGUCUAUUUUUCAAUGAGGAGAAACAGUCUUGUGAUUUCAUGUGCAAUGUAGAUUGCGUGAGGACGGAAGUACAGUCGACACCACAAGUUGAUGGGCUCAAGCUCUUCCUUCCUUGGAACAAGGUGGACAACCUUGUGGAAUUGGCGCAUAGACCAAAUCAACAUAUUAUCACUAAGCACAUAGCACAUGCUAAACACACUUUUAACAAGAAGUGA